AUUACAGAUCGAUAGAGUCCUAAUCCUAGUAUUUCUUCUGUAGUUAUUUUUGAUUAUCAUACUAUUUUAUUGUAAUUAUUAUUUUAUUUUUCAUGUUUUUCAUAAUCUUUUGUUGGGUGUAUACAAUUUGGCUUUUUCAUAAAGAAAAAAUUACAACACAAUUAUUUCAUUUCAUAAUUUAAAGUACGAAACACACAACUAAUAGUGAUUGGGUUGUUAUAGAGAGAGGGACAUGAUAAGCUUGAUUCAAAAUAAAAUCCUCAUUCUAUUAUUCCCUACACCCCAUUCUAUUUUCUCUUUCUUACUUUCCUAAAUUAAAUUAGGGUUUGAUCAGCACCACCCCCACCAGCGAUGGAUGUUGAGUUUGGAGAGUGGGAGAUGCUUCAAUCGAACCAGGCUUCUGAAUCGGAAUCGUUAACUCCGGCCGGUUCAGCAGAAAGCACGGCCGGUCUGGAUGAAAUUGGCGGUGUGAUUCAACCCAAUUACUUUGGUAUAGACUCUCAAAUCAGGCAUAUGAAUGGAAGCGAGGUGGAGGAGGACUCCGAAGAAUCUGAUAAUCCCAGUUGGAUUGAUCCCACUUCCGAAAACAUCAAGACUCCUGGUGCCGGCGAAUUCUGGUUGGAUUCCGGAAGUGAGCCGGAGGCUAAAAGUGAAUUUGACGGUAGUUUUGAAGAAGAGAUAACAACUGAAACUGUUGAAGAAUCCGAGAGUAAUCCGAUAACAAGUGCUGGACAAAAUGAAGGAAUUCUGCAGGGAAAUGAAGAGAAGAUUCAAGUAGUAGAACAGAGGAGUAAUGAUGCAGGAGGAGGAGGAGGAGGAUACCAGAAGAGGAGGAGCAUAGUGUGGUGGAAGGUGCCAAUACAACUUGUCAAAUACUGUGCUUUUAGAGUUAGCACCCCUGUCUGGACAAUUUCUGUUGCUGCUGCUGUCAUGGCUUUUCUUAUUGUGGGCCGUAGGUUGUAUAAGAUGAAGAAAAAGGCCAAGGCAGCAUUGCAGCUCAAAGUAACUGUUGAUGACAAGAAUAUAUCUCAGUUCACAAGCCGCGCGGCACGUCUUAACGAAGCAUUCUCUAUUGUGAAGCGAGUUCCUGUGAUUCGGCCACAGUUGCCAACGGCUGGAGUCACGCUGUGGCCUGUCAUGAGAUAAGGUGUGUAAUAUUUGUUAUGGAAAAGGGUACGUACAGUUGAAGUUUCUCCGAUUUGAUGUGUUGUUGCUCCUGCGCUUGUAUAAUCUACUAUCUUUAUUGCUCUCUAGACUCUUUAAUCUCAAAGCUAUGUAUAAACUCCAUUAUAGUUACAAAAUGUCUCGUCUCUGUAAGAGUUAUUUUAUUUAGUGUGAUAAGUACUGCAAGGGAAUAUGUAUCUGUUAGGUGAACCGAAUUCUUAUUAAAAAUCAAAGUUCUCUGGAAAAAUAAUUUCCAAAUGCUUAA